CGUCGCGCCACACAAAAGAACAUUUGUCGUCAUUGCCAACUUAGGUCUCGUUGCCACAUAGUGACUCGUGAUUCCAAAUGCACAACACAUGAAUUGUGAUCGAGAAUUGCCAGGGAAACCUCGCCAUAUAUAAAGCUUUUCACCUACUGCUCCACACUAUUUCGCCAUUCUCAUCAAGAAUCUUUCCCUCUCUGUGAAUGAUCGCUUCCUAUUCUGCAAUUUGAAGAUCAGCUUUUGAGAAUGCCUGGAAUUAGAGGACCCUCGGAUUAUUCGCUGGAACCUCCUCGUCACCCUUCUCUCAAAAUCAAUUCCAAGCAACCUUUUAAUGCUGAGCCACCUCGUUCGGCCUUGGCUAGCUCGUAUGUGACUCCAGUGGAUUUCUUCUACAAGAGAAAUCAUGGACCUAUACCAGUGGUUGAUGAUAUAGAGAGAUAUUCUGUUUCUAUUACUGGUCUGAUAGAUAACCCCAUAGAGCUGCUUAUGAAAGAUAUAUGGAAGCUUCCAAAAUAUGUUGUCACUGCCACUCUACAGUGUGCUGGUAACAGAAGAACUGCCAUGAGCAAUGUCAGAAAAGUAAGAGGAGUUGGCUGGGAUGUAUCUGCUAUAGGAAAUGCUGUCUGGGGUGGUGCCAAAUUGGCAGACGUUCUUGAACUUGUCGGUAUCUCCAAGUUGACGAGGACCACAAAAUCAGGUGGGAAACAUGUUGAAUUUGUAAGCAUUGACAAGUGCAAGGAGGAGAAUGGAGGCCCAUACAAGGCAUCAAUUCCUCUCAGUCAGUCCACAAAUCCUGAGGCUGAUGUUUUACUUGCCUAUGAGAUGAAUGGGGAGGUUACUAAACCAGCCUUCAUUCCUCUAAACAGGGAUCAUGGGUAUCCAUUGCGAGUUGUUGUCCCAGGUGUAAUAGGUGCACGUUCUGUCAAAUGGUUGGAGUCCAUAAACAUAAUUGCAGAAGAAUGUCAGGGAUUCUUUAUGCAAAAGGACUACAAAAUGUUUCCUCCAUCAGUAGAUUGGGAUAACAUCGAUUGGUCCACAAGGAGGCCACAAAUGGAUUUCCCUGUUCAGUGUGCAGUUUGUUCUUUAGAGGAUGUGACUGCAAUAAAGCCUGGAAAGGUGAAAGUCAGUGGAUAUGCAGCAUCAGGAGGUGGCCGUGGAAUUGAAAGAAUAGAUGUGUCUGUUGAUGGUGGCAAAACCUGGAUGGAAGCAUCCCGACACCAGAAGACUGGUGUCCCUUAUAUAGCAGCAGAUGACAUGAGCAGUGACAAAUGGGCAUGGGUGCUCUUUGAAGUCACAGUUGAUGUUCGGCAUCCUACAGAGAUUGUUGCAAAAGCAGUGGAUUCAGGAGCAAAUGUCCAACCUGAAAAUGUACGGGAUAUUUGGAAUUUGAGAGGGAUACUUAACACAUCGUGGCAUCGAGUUCAAGUCCGAGUUGGUCACUCAAACAUAUAGACGAUGAUCGGGUUUUGUUUUCCUUACCAGUACUAGGACAACAUUUCUAAUGCUUUGGAAGUGCUAAGUUGCUUUAGCUUUUUGUUUUGUAUCAGUAUAGUCAUGUUACCCUUAGCUUGUCAUAGUCUAUGUUGGUCAAAAUGACUUGUGCUUUUGUUAAGGGGGUUUUGUUAGAGAAUAAAUGGAUUAUAGACCAUUAAUCGUUAGGGUCUAUAGAAUGCUGGAUCUCUGCAAUGGAUUAAAUAUGGAUUAGUGUUUGACGACCA